AAAAAAAAAAAAAAAAAAAAAAAAAAAAAUAUUACCUCCCCGAAACUUUCUAAAUUUAGUAAAUUUUUGUUAUACAAUAAGUUUGAUUUUGAGGCGACUAAACUAGACGUACGUCCAAAUUUCAAUAUUAUCAAAUAUUUCGACUUGAAAAACGAAGAUUAUUUAUCAGAUGACGAAUUUAGAGGCAACUUCUACCGCUAUUUCUCCGGUUGGGCCGCCACGAUCACCGUGGCACUCACCGGUACCGUACUUAUUCGGUGGAUUAGCAGCCAUGUUAGGACUAAUUGCAUUUGCUUUAUUAAUAUUAGCAUGUUCUUAUUGGAGACUUUCAGGGUAUACUGAAAAUAAUGAAGGUGAAAAUGGAGAUGAUCUUGAAGCUGGAGAAGGGAUUAAUAAUGAAAAUGGAUCUGAUGUUAAGGUUGUACCACAUGUUUUUGAAGAGAAGUUUUUAGUUAUUAUGGCUGGAGAAAUGAAACCAACUUUUAUUGCUACACCUAUAUCUAGUAGGGUUUCAUCUUUUGGUAGUUGCAGUAGUGGUUGUACUACGAGCAGUGAGAGUAGUACGGAGAAAUCGGAGGGAGAAGAGGAGGGAGAGAAGAAACAAGAAAAUGAUGUCUCGAGUUUGAGUCCGGGAAAUGAAGAACAAGAAAAUGGUGUUUCGAGUUUGAGUCCGAGAAAUGAAGAAAGUGCUUGUGACAUGGAACGCUAGGCCGUUUGAUGACCUUGUGCGAUGCGAUGCGAAUCUGAAUUAAUUGAGCCAGUAAAGUAAAUUCAGUGUAAGUUGGUGGACAAGAGGUGAAAAUGAAGAGCAUGGUAAGCAUGGUGAGCCAUGCCAGCUCAAAUAUUAGGUCCCUUAAUUUUAUUUUAUUUUUUUUUAAAAAAAAAGGAGAAAAAGAAGAAAAAUUAAUUUGCUUUACAAAUUUUUGGAUUUUCUUCUUUUUAUGGGUAUGAGGUGCUAGGAAGAUUGGGAAUUGGGAGGUGGUUUUGAAAAAAGUAGAGUUUGAUAUAACUUUUUUUUUGUUUUUCCUAUUCUUGGAAAUUCCGGAAAUGUAUAUACUUUUUGGAGAAUGAAUGGAAAAACUUUGUUUUGGUAA